AUGCCUGCUUCAGUCCACACCGAAUACCAAGACCAGUCCAUGCUCGAUGUCGACGGCGAGCAACAACUGCCAACAGAGCAGGAAGAUGGCGGAGAAGAAGAGGUGAUUGAAAUCGGGGAGAAUCGGAUUACUGUGUUAUCCGGCGCCUCUGAAACAGCCGCAUCAUUCCAGUUCAAGGAUGAGGGCCACACGCUUGGAAAUGCGCUUCGAUAUGUGAUUAUGAAAAAUCCCGCCGUAGAGUUUUGCGGUUACACAAUUCCACAUCCCUCAGAGACUAAGAUGAAUCUACGUAUUCAGACUUAUGAUAGUACAACAGCCGUCGAAGCUCUCGAAAAGGGUCUAGAUGAUUUGAUGGAUCUAUGUGAUGUUGUCUCGGAGAAGUUUACUGCGGCGAGGGAUGCAUUUAACGCUGAGCAGGGUAAUCGAAUGGCCGUUUGA